AGAUGAAGAUGACGUCGAAGUUGAGGUUGGCUGUUUGCCUAAACGGGACAAGAUGCAGGUCGCGAUGCUUAUGUCAUGCUUACUUAAGAAACCGUAUUUAGACCAUGCAGGCGUCGUUUGUAUAUGCAGAGCGGCAUUGCGCAGAAGAAGAAAACAGCCUGAAAAACGGCUAUGUAAUGUAGUAAACAUCAGCUUAGAUUUUCACCCCUCAAUGAAGCGAUUUAACCAAAGCUCAAGAAUCCUUUUUACGCAAAGUAGCCUGACGUAGUCAUGAAUCAAGGGUGACCCAGAUGAGCACGUGAUGAUUGAUCUUACAUAAUCACUAACCUCCAAAGCUCCUGCAUCCUUUUUGCAACUUCACGAUCAACAGCAAAUGCGAUGAAACCUUGAAAUAUUUUCCAACUCCCCACACCCAGCGCAAUACCUACUAGUAAACGGUGAUUGGUACCUGGAGACAUGGCAAGCCAAGGGAUCUUGCUAGAGGUCAAGCCGAGAGGCAAGCCCAUACCCAAACUUCCUGGAACAAUAUCAAUUGGUCCUGAGGAUAGCCUUGCCGCGCUUUAUUCCACGAUUUCUAGGCGAGCCGGUUUCCCGGUUACCCGGCUUAGAAUCACCAAGGGCAGCGAUGGUAGUCUCCUGAAAAACGACACCCGUGUUACAGUGUCGAGCACUGGAGUCAGAAAUCAGAGUGUCAUCUAUGUUAAAGAUUUGGGUCCUUACUGGCUCCUUGGCGGUGUAAAUCUCGCAUACUGGGUAUUCUCGCCUUCGUCGCCAACAGCCACUGACCACCCUAACCCAGCUAAUAAAUAUGAAGGCCUGGCACUCUUCCUCAUAGGUCAGCUGUCCAACCUCUCGACCCAUCUCACAUUGAGAAGCCUCAGGAAACCAGGUAGCACAGAGCGCGUGAUACCUACUGGCUUUGGCUUCGAUUGGGUGACGUGUCCAAACUACCUCUUCGAAGUGAUGGCCUGGGUCGGGGUGUACCUUGUUAGCGGGCUAAACUGGAGUGUCCUACUCUUCCUAGUGGUGGGCGCCGGCACCAUGAUGAAGUGGGCUAGCCAAAAGGAGAAGCGAUACCGUCGUGAAUUCGGGGACAAGUACAAGAAAAAGCGCUUUGUUAUGCUGCCCGGUCUCUGGUAA